AAAAAAUUAUUUUUAGAACGAUGAAAUGUAUGUUAAUUUUCAGCAACUUCAAGACAUGGAAGAGAGGAGGAUAGCGUGUGUACAGAAUGUCACGAAGAGAACAGCAGAUGUUCAUAAGCAGGUCAUUCCACUCGUCAUUAAGUGCUUGGAUGGCAUAAUUAGUGCGGCAGAGUCCAUCAAUCCCAGAGAGGAUUCUUAUUUAGUAAUAGAAAAAUUCAAAUCUGGGUAUGAACCACCUGAAGACAUACCUUUCGAAGAUUUAAGUAAUCUUAAGAAUGGCGACCUUGGAAGUGCUUACUCUUCGUCCAGAAAAGACUCCUUAACGGUCAAGGGAACCUUGUCUAGUGGUAAAACUAAAAAGAGGGGCAAAUUAUUAAACAUGUUCACAAACUCAAAGAAUGUUGUUGAUGAAAUAAAGGAAGACAGUUUCAGUGAUCUUCCUCCUCAGCAAAGAAAAAGGAAGUUGCAACAAAGACUAGAUGAAAUUAACUCCAAAAUUCAACAAAAAACGUCUGCUAGGGAAGGAUUGAUGAAGAUGAAAGGUGUUUAUGAACAAAAUCCAUCGAUGGGUGAUGGAAAAACUUCAACAGGAAUUUCAAAAAUAUCAG